GUGACUUUACUUCCUUUAGAAAUAGUACAUGAACAGGUGUAUGGGUGUUCUUCGUGUCACUUGUGAUAUUAGACAAUUAAACAAUAUGCACGAUAUACAGUUUAUUAGUUAUGCUAAAUGGAAACGAACAGACAGUUUAUUUUCAAAAGAUUUGUUUUAGGGAGAUUUGUUUAGUGACUUAUUACUGUUGGUGCCUUAACACGGAUUUUUAUGCAAUAUUAGUGGAUUAUAGUGUUUAUCUUUUGCAAAUAGCAUGAUGUUAUGGUUAAUAAAGCUCGAUUGGUCAUUGUCGGCUCGGGUACUACUUAAAUGUACCCCGGGUACGGAUAUACUGAAACUUACCCGGGAAUUCUAACGCUAAAUUGGUCGUUAUAGGAUUUUUUUUAAAAAUAAUUAUGUUCAUGUGUAUGUCAAUAUUUUUUAAAAUGACCUCUAUAUUAUCGAAACAAACUCCUACUCAAAAAGCAUGUUGAGGCAGGUUUUGUUCAACGGGUAUUUUGUUUCGUAUUCCGUAGCGCGUGUUACGACAUCGGAUUUUGGGCGGGAAUAAAACUCGGGCACAGUCUAAAUUGACCAGGUACGUGUUAGUAUAUUUUCCGUAUCCGGGGUAAAUUUAAGUAUAUUUAAGAGUACCCGGUGUACUUUUAGUAUUACCUGAGCCGACAAUGAUUAAGCGUUAAUAAAGGGAAAGUAUGUUUUACAAUGCUUAUUAUUUUGAAAUAGAGUUAUAUCUAAACAAAAACAAUUGGUGACUGCGGAGAACAGUUCAAAUUAAAAUAACUUUAUUGAAAUAUGUGAAGUGCUAAUGAAAUGUGAGACAAUUGUUUUUAUAAUACUAGUUACAGAUGAAAAGCUUAUUUGCUUGUAUGUUCUUACAAAAGGUUAUUAAUUAAGCGUCAUAUAUACCGUAGUUUAGUUUGUUGGUCCUUACGGAAUCGUCAUGGUACUUGCAGUGAUAUUGUUAUGCAUUGUGAUUAACUUCUUCAGUAGCGGAAUAAACUCAUGCAACGUUUCACUGUCAGCUGACACAAACGUCGUGGAUCAUGGAUCAAAUGCCAGUCUGACUUGUCGUGUCUGCAACGUCGACUUAAAUCCCGUAUUGAUUUCUACAAAGAUAAUUUACUCAUUACAUACAGUGCAUUUGGAACAAACAGUAUUAUCAAUCAAACGCUACACCGCCUUGGCACAAGUUCUGAAAAAGACGUCACGACUCUGACGUUGGUGAUCUUGAACUUUCAUAACACUUCGCAAGGAAAUUACAUUUGCAGCGUUGUUAAUACUGCAACUAGCGCGACACAGUAUAUGACACUUGCAGUACUGGUGAAUUCAGUUACGAUAAACCCGCCAUUAAAUGUACUGAGAGUUUUGGAAGAUUUGACGAUAAACUACAUGACAUAUUUAUCAUCACUUGGACGUCCCGCGCCUAUAAUCACGUGGUGCACAGACAACAGAACCACCGAAGAUUACAACGAUGAUAGAAACCUUACCAUUUAUGCCAACUCCUCAACGACAAACGACGUUACCACCAGCGUACUCACGUUCACGCCUGUAAGGAAUUACAGCAAUAAUAGUAUAUACUGCAAUGUGAGUAAUGGGUACGGGGCGAUAUCAUCUAGCCAAAGGCUGCGUUUGGAUAUCCUGACACAACAAACGAAACCGGUCAUACACCUCCAAGGGCAAACCAUAAGCAAGGUUGCAAUCAUCAAAUUAAGGAAUAUGUCAUUAGAGUGCACAUCAACUGGCAAUCCAAUUCUAACAAUAGCUUGGAGGACGCCUUUGAAUGGAGUAUUUAGUGGCAAUGUGCUGGCGCUUCAAAACGUACAGAUUCAAGACAACGGUACAUAUCACUGCAGUGCACUCAGCGUCAGGUCACCUACAUACGGAAUACCAGAAGUAGAAACAAAAUCUUCGAGUGUAGAUGUCAACAUAAUGUUUGGCCAAGAAGCUCCUUCAUUUACUUUCCGUACGUGUGGUAUGGACGUGAAAACAAAUCAACUGAAAGUGAUUCAGGGACAUUCCGUCAACGGCACGUGUUUCGCUGUCAGAAAUCCAAGUCCUACAUACACAUGGUCACCGGGAACCUUUGGCCAUGGCUAUGCGUUCAUCAUAGACAUAACCCAAAGAAGUUACAGUGGCACUUACACAUGUACAGCUGCGAAUGUCAUGGAACCAACUUUAGGUGACAGUUAUGUAGGAAGAAAUCAUACUAUAUUCACAUUGGAUAUUCUAUUUCCAUCAAGUGUAAACGGUAUUGCUAAUACAACGGAAGCGUUUCUGUCAAUUGUUUGUAUACACCUGGAAUUCCAUCGGAGACAACGGUUAAGUGGAUACACGUCAAUAGCUUCAGAAUAAUCGGUACCGGACCAACACUCACGUUAACACGUAUACAGCUCUCUGACCGAGGGUUUUACAAAUGCAGAGUUUCCAACGUAAUGGACCCUACCGGAUGCAAUGUUCUAGAAAAUUCUGAAGAAGUUACAUUUUAUAUCGAUGUGCAAUGUCCAGCUACCAUAAGACAGUUUUCUGCACAUGACGAUUUUGCAAGCACAAGUAAUGUCAAUCAAAGCUAAAUGGUUGCACUAGUAUGUAAAGCUGCCAGCGAGCCUGUCGCAAUAGUGGCGAUCCUAAACAAGACUCGUGAAAGUGAACGUAUACUUAGGGAAACAAACAGUAAUAUAGUUACCGUGGAUAUAAUAAUGCCAGAUGUGAAUUUGAUAAGGGAUCGUACGAAUGUCGAGCAAGAAACUAACAUAAUGCAGUUCCUGUAAUACGGCGACUAGACGUAUUGAUUACUUAAUUCGCAAUAUUAUUAUAUUAGGUUCACCAAGAGCCUCGCCAUUUUCAUCGAUCAUAACAAAUGUUUCGAAAAGUGUCAACGACUCAGCUAUGCCCACUUUCACCGUUUUGGCGUAUCCGCCACCUUUCCUAUUUGAAUGGCGGAGACUGAUUGGUGGAGAAUGGGUUACACUGUACAAAAUGAGUAGUGUAAACAGUUUCGUAUCGGACGCAAAAACACAGACGAAUCUCUACAUUGCUCACCUAGAAUCUAGCGAUUCCGGACCGUAUAUGGCCAUUGUGCAUAACGAACUUGGUCGUCCAUGCGUGCCUGGCUUAGUCAAAGUGCAAGACGGUUCUAUAUGGCAAAUAUGGCAAAAAGGCCUGCUUAUGAACGAUUAUGAACUAGCCGGACUGUGUAAGAAUAUGAAGUAUAAAGGAUGAGCUGAAUAAUCAUUUCGUCAAAUAAUCAUCACGAACAUUUCAAUCAUUUGACGAUGACGAUAUGAUAUAUUCGCUAACGAAACUUGUACAUGCUUUUAUAAGUAGAUUUUGUACUUCUCAACAAGAAAGUAUAUGAUUAAUACAUAUUCUAGUUCGCGAAAUUUAAAUGUCAUUUAAUUUGUGUUGUUUUGUGCUAUAAAUGAUUUGCAUGAGCGUUCUUUAGAUCUCCCCCAAAGACACCAAGUUCUGGUUCUAGGCCCAGGAAACGGACUCGAAAGCGUUUAUGUAAGCCCCAGGCUUUCGAUGCAAUCGAGCUAAAAUAAAUAGGUUUAAACUAAAUGAUUUGCAUUAUAUUAGGUGUAUUUUAUCAAGGUAUGAUUACUUAUCUACUAUAUGUAAAAACGAAUAUAUUAUUAUAUGCACCGCACAAUUAAAUAAAUGUAAGUGUAUGCACAUGCAACCCAGUGUCCAGCAAGGCCGAUAUAUUAUUCGGACAAAUGUUUUGAUCUAGUCUCCGAAGAAUUUAAUGUUGACAAGACGUCUGUUAUUGGUAAGUUAUUUGUAAAUAUCUCUAUAUUGUUCUGUUUAUCGACGUAAGCCAUGGGUUCAGCUUUUAUUGCAUUUUAUAAAAUAUUGCAUAAGUAUGCCUAGUUUCCUAGAACACUGUCAAGUAAUAAUGUUGAUGCAAACUUCAGUGGCAAGCACAAACAAAAUCCAUAGUUAACUAUAUAUAGUUAAACGUCAGUGGUUCAAAUUUGCUAACAUCAGAAAUUAAGAAAAAAAUACCAGCGUAGAAAAACUAUCCUGUUCACCUAAAAUAGCGGCUAGUUGUUAAGCGGUGCGAUAACCAACCAACGGUUAAAGGAACCAGUUACAUUGUUUCAUAGCAUAGCAAGUACAUAACCAGUUACAUUGUUUCAUAGCAUAAGUACAUAAUGAUAAAUUGUAGAAUAUGUUCAAUC